AAGAGUGAUAAUGUAAAAGGUGAGGGUGACCCGUGAUUCGUGAACACAAACACCAUCGCCAUGGGCUUCAAUAUUCUGAGAACCACUUCCAUCUCCACUCCUAUCUCUUCCUCCAAAUCCAAACCCAUUUUCUCAACUCUUCUUCGUUCUUCUCCUUCCACCAUUUCCCCCCCAAAGUCCGUUACUCCCACCACUCUUUUCGUUUCUGCCACCCCCUUCUUCACUCUCCAUCCCAAGCUUGGUUUUCGUGGUGGGAUUGUGGCCAUGGCCGCACCUGGCUCUCUCCGCAAAUCCGAGGAAGAGUGGCGCGCAAUUCUCUCCCCUGAACAGUUUCGGAUCCUCAGGCAAAAGGGCACCGAGUUCCCUGGAACAGGAGAGUAUGACAAGUUCUAUGAAGAGGGAGUUUACAACUGUGCUGGUUGUGGGACUCCACUCUACAGGUCCAUAACAAAAUUCAAUUCUGGUUGUGGCUGGCCAGCCUUCUAUGAGGGGAUUCCCGGAGCCAUAAAUCGCAAUCCGGAUCCUGAUGGGAUGAGGACAGAAAUAACGUGUGCUGCUUGUGGGGGACAUCUAGGUCACGUCUUUAAAGGAGAAGGAUUUCCAACACCCACUAACGAACGCCAUUGUGUCAAUAGCAUUUCGCUGAAAUUUGCGCCAGCCAAUUCUUAUUCUUAAUAAAAUUGAGUCUGCUGUUUGGACGUGACUACUUAAGUACCCAACAUCGGUAAAAAAUUAUGCAAUGUACUUAUAUUAUGAAUGAAGUUAAAAAAAAAAUGAUGGCUAAAUAACAAUGUUGAUAAUUUGUACCUUUAUUCCUCUGUUCCCUUUUUCACUUGGUGCUAGAUCUACUAUGUUCAUUUGUGCUUGUGUUCGUACUUGGGUUUAUAUAUGUGAUAUGUCCAAGUAGAUUAAAGGUGA